AUGUGCUUGCAAAAAGAAUACGUUCAAAAGUUCGGCGUUUCAGAUGUUCGGAAGUUAGCAAAAAGAGCUGCCUCUAAUUCUGAUGGGCCUAACGAAUUUGAUUAUGGUCACAUAACAGGUUAUGCCUAUGAGGGUAUUCAUUCCUUGGGCCAUAGUAAAAUUAUCGAUCCACAAACAGAAGUCUUUACCGAACUUUCAACAAAAAACAUUGUUGUAUCGGAACUCAAGAAUAAAAACAGUUUUGAAAAUUCAAAAAAGGAUUAUACAAUAUCUCAUCAACCUUUCGCACCACUUUUUCCAACAGAUUCAUCAUUACAAAAAAAAUUAAUUAGUUUCGAGGAUAUUACCGAUAUAACUCUAACUACUUUAGCCUUUUUAUCUUUUGGAAUGUUCACCUUGCAAGUUCUUAUGUGCAUUGUUAUGACGGAGAGUAGCCAAGAAAGGACACCUUCAGACGACAUCCCUAGCACUUCCCGGAACACCGAGGCAGCUAGCCUGAGGAGCAACGAUCCGAACAGCAUGGCAAGUGCCAUAACACUUCUAGCCAUGGAGAGGAUGCUGCUCACCAUAUUGACGGAAAAGAUGGCCGAACUGGUGCAAACGUCUGUGUUAGACAGUGUGGAAAGAUUGAUAGCAACGCCUGCCAACUCAGCCGUGAGCAGGGAAGUCAGAUCAACCCCGAGGUUAGGUGAUAUGCAGCAACCGAACGGAAACAACGGCUCCCACCACAAUACCGACGAUGCCAGCGGGAUGCGCAAUUUCUCCGGAACCGGCGUACCGAUAGACGACUUUAUCUACCGUGUGGAGGCACUGACUCAUAAGACGCUGGAUGGGAAUUUCGCGGUGUUGUGCCGCAACGUUAGUGUGUUAUUUGAAGGUAAAGCCACGGAAUUCUAUUGGCGAUACCACAAGUCCGUAGCUGAAGUCCGAUGGGAUCGGUUAUGUUCAGCGCUCCGUUUGCAAUUCCGUCAGAAUCGGGACGACGUCGAUGUAGAGGAGUUGAUAAGGAAUAGGAAGCAGAAGCCCAACGAAUCUUUUGACGCAUUCUACGACAGUGCAAACGUAAUGAUUGAUCAAUUACAAACGCCUUGGUCCACGCGCAAGUUAGUUCGUAUUCUUAAGAAUAAUUUGCGACCAGAAAUACGUCACGAAAUCCUGAAUGUCGAGGCGGUAACGGCGCAGGAGCUUAGAGAGAUCUGUCGACGUCGAGAGGCUUUCCUGGAGGAUGUCAAGCGAUCACAUGGUUAUAGUAGAGUGACUCCAUUCCGGCGCGAAGUCGCGGAUUUAAUCGACGAACCUGGUGCGGAAAGCAGCUCUGAAGUUGGAAUUGAGGCAGAUAUCGAAGCACUCGCCCUGGUAUGCUGGAAUUGCCACCACGAAGGGCACCGGUAUCAAGACUGUCUAGAAGAAAAACGAGUGUUUUGCUACGGCUGGGGAGCAGCCAACACCUACAAACCCAACUGCACGAGGUGCCCAAAAAACUCAAAACUCGGCAGUUCGAAGUCGGCGUACAGACCGAGGACGUCGAAUGCCGCCCACAACCAGUCGACAAUGACAGAUACAAGAGAUCUUCGUCCGUUUUUGCCAAUUCAUCUAUUAGAUCGCACCGUUUAUGGACUUCUUGACUCAGGAGCUUCGAUAAGCUGUAUCGGGGAUAAGCUAGCAGCGGAAGUGAUGGAGAUGAAGAACACGUACAAGUCAGUGAACGUCAAUGCCGAAACCGCAGAUGGAAGAUCACAACGGAUAACAGGCAAACUGUCAACUAUCGUGGAAUACAAUAACAUCCGCAAACCGAUGGAGUUGUAUAUAGUCCCGUCGCUCAAGCAAGAUCUAUACCUAGGGAUCGAUUUUUGGAAGGCAUACGAUCUUUUGCCUAGGAGUUUGCAGGUAGGCGAGGUGGACACAAAGGAGUCUAGCAGCAGCGAUAGUGCCAAUCUGAAAAAGGAUCACCAUGACUUGACUGAAGACCAAAGUUUACAACUCAACAUCGCCAUUAACUGUUUCCCCUCAUUUACACAAGAAGGCUUAGGAAAGACUCACCUGAUAAAACACACAAUCGAUGUAGGGGAUGCCAAGCCAAUUAAGCAAAGGCACUUCCCUGUUUCUCCGGCCGUGGAGAAAAAUAUGUAUGUAGAAAUUGAUCGCAUGCUAGGAGUGAUCGAAGAGUCUGAAAGCGCUUGGUCUUCACCAAUAGUUAUGGUUACCAAGCCAGGUAAAGUGAGACUUUGUUUAGACUGCCGUAAGGUCAACAGUCACACUAUAAAGGAUGCCUACCCACUUCCUCAAAUCAGUGGGAUAUUAAGUAGACUGCCGAAAGCCGAAUAUAUCACGAGUUUGGAUUUGAAGGAUGCUUAUUGGCAGGUCCCGCUCGAUGUUGAAUCCCGUGACAAGACUGCUUUCACCGUCCCAGGACGACCAUUAUAUCAGUUCACGGUUAUGCCUUUCGGAUUAUGCAACGCAACAAGCACCAUGUCCCGACUUAUGGACAAGGUUGUCCCACCGCAUCUGAAGGAUAGAGUAUUUAUUUACUUGGAUGAUCUGUUAGUGGUCUCACCGAGUUUUGAGAGUCACUUAGAAGUAUUAAAGGAGAUAGCACAUCAUUUAAAACGAGCAGGACUGACCAUCAACGUAGCUAAGAGUCAUUUUUGUAAGAGAAGGGUCAAAUACCUGGGGCACAUCAUUGGGGACGGGGGAAUACGAACAGAUCCCGAGAAAGUCAAAGCCAUCACAGACUUUCCUAUUCCCAAAACAUUGCGCGCUUUGCGAAGUUUCAUGGGCCUAUGUGGCUGGUACAGGAAGUUUGUGUCAAACUUUGCAGCGCUGACUGCUCCCCUAACCGAUUUAAUGACAACGAAGCGAAGAUUUAGCCUGACUCCGGAAGCACUAAAAGCUUUCGAAGUACUAAAACGACGACUUUGCGAGGCGCCUGUAUUGUGCAACCCGGAUUUCAACAAGCCGUUCGCCAUUCAUUGCGACGCUAGUAAAAGUGGCGUUGGAGCAGUGCUAGUCCAGGAGACGGACGAGGGGGAUGAGAAACCAGUGGCAUUCGUUUCGAAAAAGUUGAAUAAAGCCCAACGAAACUACACAGUGACGGAGCAGGAGUGUCUGGCCGCUAUCGUAGCUCUCAAACAGUACAGAGCCUAUGUCGAGGGACACCCCUUCAAAAUAGUCACCGACCACGCCUCCCUCAAAUGGCUGAUGUCGAAUAGGGACUUAAGUUCACGGCUAGGGAGAUGGGCUAUAGCUUUACAACGGUUUCAGUUUAGCAUCGAACACAGAAAAGGGUCGUUGCACAUUGUUCCAGACUCUCUGUCACGCGUGAAUGAGGAUGAGGUCGCAGCAAUAGACUUACAAGAAGGUUUGUUCAAGCAUUGA